CGCGCAAGCCGAGCCCGCCGCUCACCUGCCGCCGCCGCUCACCUGGCGCGGAGCGCGCCCCCGCCCUCCCGUCCGAGCCCGGAGCGGCCGCCGCCCCUCGCUCCGCGGGCCCGGCGCCGACAGGCGACCCGGGGAGCCCGCGCGCUUCGGGAGCAGCGGAGGAGCCCCCCCGGCCUGGGCGCGCCAAGAGGACGGGGUUAAAAUGAAUGAAGACCUGAAGGUCAAUGGAAGCCGGCCGCCUCGGGACUAUUUAGAUGCCGGUGCUGCGGGGAACGUCUCGGCUGCCGUCUCCUCCCAGGGUCCCGUGGUCGAGCCCGAGCCGGAGCUCGUUGUCAACCCCUGGGACAUUGUCCUGUGUACCUCGGGAACCCUCAUCUCCUGUGAAAAUGCCAUCGUGGUCCUUAUCAUCUUCCAUAACCCCAGCCUGCGGGCACCCAUGUUCCUGCUGAUAGGCAGCCUGGCUCUGGCAGACCUGCUGGCGGGCAUCGGACUCAUCAUCAAUUUCGUGUUUGCCUACCUGCUUCAGUCAGAAGCCACCAAGCUGGUCACCAUCGGGCUCAUUGUGGCCUCCUUCUCGGCCUCCGUCUGCAGCUUGCUGGCCAUCACCGUGGACCGGUACCUCUCCCUGUAUUACGCGCUGACCUACCACUCGGAGAGGACGGUCACGUUCACCUAUGUCAUGCUCAUCACGCUCUGGGGGACGUCCAUCUGCCUGGGGCUGCUGCCCGUCCUGGGCUGGAACUGCCUCCGGGACGAGUCCACCUGCAGCGUGGUCAGGCCCCUCACCAAGAACAACGCGGCCAUCCUCUCCAUCUCGUUCCUCUUCAUGUUCGCCUUCAUGCUGCAGCUCUACAUCCAGAUCUGUAAGAUUGUGAUGCGGCAUGCCCAUCAGAUAGCCCUGCAGCACCACUUCCUGGCCACCUCGCACUACGUGACCACCCGGAAGGGGGUCUCGACCCUGGCCAUCAUCCUGGGGACCUUCGCUGCCUGCUGGAUGCCUUUCACCCUCUACUCCUUGAUAGCUGACUACACCUACCCGUCCAUCUACACCUACGCCACCCUCCUGCCCGCCACCUACAACUCCAUCAUCAACCCUGUCAUAUACGCUUUCAGAAACCAAGAGAUCCAGAAGGCGCUCUGCCUCAUUUGCUGCGGCUGCAUCCCGUCCAGCCUCUCCCAGAGAGCGCGGUCGCCCAGCGAUGUGUAGCAGCCCCGCGCUCAGGAGGAUCCGGCAUUUACCAAGCGCUCCCACUGCCCGGGCAAACGGUUGAGAUGCUUUCCUCAAAUUCCUUCUGCCGGCUUCUCUCUCCAGCCACCAGGAGCACUUAACAUUCGAGAAGCGUUCAUUUGGAUGAGUUAAGUCAAUGAAGUGAAAAUAACGUUACCAGUGUUUUCACCCUUAAAAGAAAAACGAGUUCCGUGCUCAAUAUUGUUUCAUUUUGUUUGCAGUGGGUUUUGUUUUUUUUUAAAAAGUACUUUGUU